AUGCAGGAAGGGCCAGUUGACAAGGAGGAGACGCCCGAGAAGAGACGAAGAAGGGAGCCGGAGGGGGACAGAAGGGGGAGGGUGACAACGAGGGCUCAAAAACGCCUGAUGGCCCUGGACCAGAGUAGGGGAGUUCAGGCCCCCGAGAUCCCAGAACCAGAGGUAUUUGACGAUGCAAGGUCAGGAACGAGCCCAGCAUCUACCACGAGGAGGGGACCCGAAAGUCGGGUUGUAGACUACAACGCCCGCAUUCGCGAGGCAAGACGUGAGAGGCAGCAGCGCAAGAAACUGACGAAGACUGAGAGUGCCCAGGUCAGGAAAGCAGUCAUCGCGGACUAUAAGGCGGAGAUAAGGGAGACAAUCCCAGAGAUGGCCCUAGCACUAGAGAAAGUGGGUCUGCUGAGCUCAAGCAGUGAAUCAGAUCAUGAGCCCAACACCAGGUCUGAUAGCGACCGGAGACAGAGCCGGGAGGAGGCGAGGGAGGGAGCAGAGGGACGGCUGCCUCAUGUAGGACCGGGAAAGGAAGCCGUCACGGUUGAGCAACUGUUAUUCUCCUCCCUGCCUCGUGUGGUCCCGCCCAAGCCCACAGGGGAACAGAGGAUGGGAGAAGGGCCUUCAAUCGCACCGGCGCAGGGCGAUGAGCCCCCGCCGUUCUGGAACGGAGAUGUUAGAGCCGCGGGAGAGGCCGUGGUCUCAAGGCUGGUCGAGGAGCACAGCCGCCUGAACAUUUCACAGAGAGAAUUACUGAUAGGGACACUCAAGGGCAUUUGCUCCGGUCGAGACUAUAACGAAUUGACGACAUUGCCCGGUGGCAUCAACUGCGACGGCGACUAUGCAGAGGCCACCAGGGAGGAAAAAACACAGGACUUGACCAAGGAAGAGGGGGGCAAGAGUCGCACCUUCCUAAAGACUGGCGAUGAGAUUAACCGGAGGGACAAAAAGACGGAGGGGGGUCCUUUCUCCCCAAGGAGGAAGAAGCUGUCUGCCGCUGCAGCUGCAUUAGCUAGGCGUAUGGCCGGAACAAAAGAGCAGUUCACCCGGAUCCGUGGAUUCAUUGCGGGCGGAGACCGUAAUCCCGCGUUCUGCAGCGCAGUGUGCGCGCGACUGCUGGGCCACGCAACCCUAGACAGCCUAAGACGAUCGGGGGGUAGUGGCCCCGAAUGUCGCAACCUGCUAGCGAAUAUGGAGAUAUGGGCAGGGAGAACGAGCCUUCAAACCGGGGAGACCGAACCCGAGAAGAAUGACCCGCCGGUGGAGCUCCGGCGACUGGAAAACAGGUCGAGCAUGGAGGUAAUGACUACUCUGGCACUUGAUGCGGCCGGUGGCGGGUGCGGGGUGGACGUGGUGCGGAGGGGUGGGGAGGCCCUUGUUUUAAACAAGCUUAGUGCUUCCCUCCUUGCCCCGAGGCGCGUAUGUCCGUUCUGUCUCGCUUCCGAGUUGCUCGGGGUGUCCAUCAGGGACCUGGAGGGGGUGGCGUCGGGUGAUGUUGUACAGCCGGGAGAAGUGCUCCAACGCAUGCUGGAGGACGGGUCACAGGGAGCGGCCGCCGCUAUGGCCCGGAACCACAACCGCGAGAUGCAUGCCCUCAAUGGUAACAUCUUCUUCUCUACUAACGCCGGCACCUCCCGUCCUGAUGUCGUGGGAAACUGUGUUACGAAGUCCCUCGGACCCGUCAAACACGGACACGUCGUACAGCAACCGGAGGAGUCUCGCAAUCUCAUUAUUCAAGAGGAAAUUCCAAUGGUGACAUACGGGAUGACAACAUCGGCCGGAGUGAGCCUGAUGAGCGUGCCCCCAACGCGCCACCAGGUCUACUGGUUUCUUGACUCCUUGGUAGAACCGGACCCCGAUGUUGUUUCCUUGGAGACGAGUUCGCCGAGGAUCGACGAGGCGGUGAGUCCUCGCCCAGGACAGGGGGCGGGUACUAGUACACAGUGCGCGGGGGAGAAUGGAGGCGCCGGGCACGCUGAGCAAGAGGAAGGGAACGACGCAGGAAAGGAGGCAACGGGCGGUGGGGAGGGAGGCGAAGGCCACGGCGUCGCCGGGCCCGGUGACGUCGGGCAGGGCGCACAAGCCUUCCAGGGCCGCGGGGAGGGUGGGGGUGCGGUUCGCAAUCUACGCGAGACCGCAGCCCGGGCCGCGAAUAGACUAUCGCGUCAGUGGAGGGGGGCGUGUGGCAUCCAGGACCGAACGGCGCGGCAUCGCGAGAUGCGUCAACUGCUACAGGCGAUGCACGAUCGGGGGAAGGGGUGUGUACCCCUGCCUGAAGGGGGCGGGCUGGGCGCCGAGCUAGAGACACUGGCCAUUGACGAGGACCCCGAGAGACGAGAGGUGACAUGGAUUGGCAUCGGGGAGGAUACCGCACAGAACAAGGGGAGUCUGAGCUUAACGACCGCGGGAGCAGAGGUGAGCCGCAUCACGGACGAUCCGACCGUUAGAGACGGGCGAGUAAAUAGUACCUAUUCGCGACAUGUGUGGCGGUACCUCGCAGAUAGCCCACUGUUGCAGUCGGUACUGACUGAGGGAAGCAGCCUGGCACAAGCGGACAUCACGCCACUGCUAAUCAAGGCCCGGCUAUAUGACCAUCUCCGACACCACAGUACCGGCUUCCCCACAGGAGUAGAGUGGGGUAUACCCCUCAAGGCUGCCACCCCCUUCGAGUACCGCAUGCGGAGAGAGGCGGAGUAUAUGGAAGUGUGUGUCGUGUCUACGAGAUACCUCGACGAGAUAUGUCACUCUGGUAUACGCGCUAUUGAUGUGGGUGCAGACCAGUGGUCACUAGACGAUCCUCAAACGGCCGUGGUUUCGCUGGACUACAAUAGCGUGAACACCCCGGCACUAUGGGCGCUGCAGCUACUCAUGGCGGCGCCGUACCCCCUGGUUGACCUCGACGAGUUCUUUAUAAUAACGGGGGAAGAAGGAGCAGACCAACUGAAGCUCACGGCGAUGCGGCGUAACGAGUGCUGCGUGACGAUUAAUAACAGACGAAGCCGCUUCAUUCUCGUGCACAGUGUGGGGCACGCAACGCUAAACCAAACUUAG